CCCUUCUGAGACCCCGAUACUCGCUCACUCACCCGCACGCCCGCACCUACUCUAACUACUCUUUUCAUUUUCAAUUUAUUUCCAAAUCCAGCAAUUCCUUCCUCCCCAAGUUCCCAUUAUUUCCUCUUUUUCUUCCAUAAACUAACAUAGAGGUCAUCCAUGACUUCUUCAGAUGAACAGCAACGAAGCGAUGAACAACCUGUCGCCGAUUCCGUUAUUCAUAGGACCAAGACUAUCCAGUUCUUCAAUCGUUCUACUCCCAUCAUCCUUCAAAAUGACAAUGGCCCGUGCCCACUCCUUGCUAUCUGUAAUGUACUUCUCUUGAGGAAUCAACUAAAUUUGAACCCUGACAUUAGUGAAGUUUCACAGGAAAAGUUACUUUCUCUAGUUGCUGAUAGAUUGAUUGAGUCAAACAACAAUAAAAAUAAUAAAGAUGCAGGUUAUGUCGAAAACCUACAACAGAAUAUUGCUGAUGCAAUUGAUUUGCUUCCCCGGCUUACCACUGGCAUUGAUGUAAAUAUAAAAUUCCGUAGGAUUGAUGAUUUUGAGUUUACUUCAGAGUGUGCCAUAUUUGAUCUUUUGGAUAUCCCUCUGUGCCAUGGUUGGUUACUUGAUCCUCAGGAUCAUGAAACCGCUGAAGCAAUUGGUUCGAAGUCUUAUAAUACUCUCAUGGGUGAUCUUGUUUCUCUGGAAACAUGGAAGAUGGAGAAUGAGGGAAAGGACAAAUCAGUUGAAGAUUCGAUUGAUUUUUCUGCUGCAACCACCGCAGCUUUGGGUGUUCCUUCACCUAUUCUUUCAAAAGCUAAAUCUUUUGAGGAAUCUCCCAGUUUUCUCUCUGAUCAACAGACCCUUAAAAAAGGAGAUGCAGAGGAAGAGGCAGAGUUGUUGAGGGUGCUGAAACUAUCUGAGAAUGAUCCAUCUUCUACUGGAGAUGUGGGGGUGUCUUCUGAUGAGAAUGUGCAUAUGCUGAAAUCUAUUGUUGAUUCUGUAAAUAUAUCAGAGGGUCAUAACAUGCAUGGAUCAUCAAAUGUGGAGACUACUAUAUCGGGCAAUGAUAACGUGCAUUCUGACGGGAAUGUAUCUUUAUCUGAAAGACAAGAUGCUUCUCUCAGCUUGACAGCCGACAGGGAAAAAGACAAUGAACAGUUAAAUAAUGUUCAACUCAAAGAAGUUUUCUUGUCAAAUGAUUUGGCAGAAUGCAACUCUGAGACAUCAGUCCUUAAUGAAGUUACAUCACCCACUCUAGCAGAAGAUGCAGUUCAUGUUCAAGUAGACAAUUCUACUCUUGUAAUAGAUUCCAUUGAAGGGUUGCAUAAACAAAAUGUAGAAGACAAUUCUGGUCUCAUUGCAGGCGGUCUUGAUUCUGAGCCAGCUAGAGACAAAAUUUCUAGUGUUGAAGCAGCUGAACCCUUUGCGUCGAAUAUUGAUGGCGGUGAGCCUAUAUAUGAAGGGGAGGAAUGUAUACAGGAUCUAGGGGAAACAGUUCGUUCAGAUCAAGAACCUGUGUAUGAAGGUGAAGUGGUCCUGGCUGAACAAGCUGAUAAAGUAGCUAAAGAUGCUUCUGAUGCAAGACCAAAGGAGAAAAUUACACUUAGAGAGGGGGAACUCAUCAACAACUUCCUGAAAAGCAAUGCCAGUCAGUUGACUUUUUAUGGCUUGUUUUCCUUGCAAGAGGGUCUCAAGGAAAGGGAGCUUUGUGUUUUCUUUCGAAAUAAUCACUUCAGUACAAUGUUUAAGCUUGAUGGUGAACUAUAUCUUUUGGCAACAGAUCAAGGAUACAUAACUCAGCCUGAUUUAGUAUGGGAAAAGUUGAAUGAGGUCAAUGGAGAUACUCUGUUUAUGACUAGUAAUUUCAAAGAAUUUAAACUUGAAAGCUCUUCAAAUGGAACAUGGGAUCAGCAGAAUGCUGUGGCUAGUACUGCUGACUACCUGGCUGGCAUUGAUAGUUCUGCACCAGAUGGCUCUGACAUGAAUUCGGAUCUGCAAUUAGCAAUAGCUUUGCAACAGCAAGAGUUUGAACAACAGCAGCCGCAGCAGCAGCGGAAUCCUUCUAAUCAAGCCUCUGGUAUUGGAAAUUCAAGGCUAAUAGUAGGUCCUCAGGUUCCUAAAAGCAGUGCGAAAGCGACGUCAUCGACGCCAAGGCAAGAUCAGAAAGCUAAAGAUAAGUCUAACUGUAAAAUAAUGUGAAUUUUUUGGUCGAAAAUUGUAAUUGAAAAUUUUUUGGUUGCAACUUGUUUAAUAGCAUCUCAUAUGGUUUAACCACACAAGUAUCCCGAUCCAGAUUGUUUUUCGUAUCAAAAAAUAUCAACUUUUGGGUUGUAAAUAAUGUUAGUUUGAUAUUACAAUAUUCUUUGCAAUGUUAUCUUUUUUAGCUUCCAAGAAUGAAAAAAAAAAAACCAUGCAUAAUGCAGCCCUUGAAUUAGUCCA